AUGAAAAAAGUAUUUACCCCCACCCUGAUCCUCGCUGGCAUUCUUGCUACUGGCACUGUUGCCGCCGACACCCCAUACGCUUAUUGGGAUGCGUCUCGCACAACAGAAGUUGCCGUUGCAGAUUCAUUUAACCCAACGAGCACAACCAGCCACAGCGAAGACAACGAUGUUGCCGUUGACGUGCGCCGCUCAGUGCAGGAAGACAACGAUAUUGAUCUGCGUUUCUCCAACACGGAAGACAAUGAUUACACCAGCAGCUACUCAAACAGCGAGGACAAUGACUACGCUCACAGUGAAGACAACGAUGUCACAACUUCUAUCUCAGAAGAUAACGACAUCACGAAGUCUUGGCAGGAAAGCACUGACAUCGACUUCCAGAUAGCGACACCAACAAUGACCUCACACAAGUACCAGGCACAAGAUGCCGGCCAUCAAGCCGACCAAUCUGUUCUGGGUGCUGCACGCGGUCACACGGUUGGCGUAACAGGCGGACCUACUGUUGUCAGCGCGGGCAACGACGAACAGGUUUUUUACGGCCCUGCGAUGGUGAACAACAACACCAACCAACUGCCGCAGAACAACCUGUUUGUACAGGGCAGCAACGGCGCACCCAUCAGCCAGUCCAACACCUUUGCUGGACGGGACAUGGGACCUAAAGGUGUCUUUGCACCAGUUGGUAACACCUCAGCCACAGUGUUUGGCGACACCAUGCAGAGCUCCGGUGCACAACUGGGUCAGUCUGGCGAUUCAAGCAACUCAAUUGCUGAUCAGAUGAACUCAGCCAUCGGCAAGUAA